AUGGGGGCUCAGGGACGUGACCGCGUCGGCUCAUGGUGCGUCGCGCUGGAGGAGUUGAUUAGUUCGCUACGAAGCAUCACAAGCCAGCAGAAGAUCCCAAGUACUCUCAUCACUGGCCGUCAAGAUCUAGGCUCCAUCCCGCACUGUGCAACACAAAUUCGGAGGUCUGGUACUCUGGUGCGCACGUUGCAGAGGAGAAAAAGGAAGACCACAUUUGGAGAUGGCAUAGCAACAGCAGCAAAUCCCUUAGCUCCAGGAGCACUUCAGCAACACGAAGACCGAAGGCGGGAUGCAUACUUGAGCACCUGUUUACCCAGGAAAUUAAUAUCUGGCACAGGAGAAUCUAUAAGAAAAAUGACCGGGGUAGAAGCUGCUGCCAUAUCUGCUUUAGUAUCUGGAACCUUGAAGGUUGUGGGCAACAAAUUAGCUCCACUACUAAUCAAAGAGUACAGCUCUAUAGUGGGUGUCAAGGAAGAUCUCCAGGAGCUCCAUGAUCUUGUUGAGGGGAUCAACUUUUGGCUGGAAAAAACAGCAGAAAAUUCUAUUGGAAGUACACAAUCAUUUCCUUGGCUGAAAAAACUAAAGGCUGAAAAACAUGACUCCAAUGGUGACAGUGGUAUUGUGUCCAAAUACCUGUGCACAAUACCAAAAUCAUUUGUUUUUCAAUGCAACUCAGCCAACAAGAUCAAGGCAAUCAAGAAGAGAUUUGCUGCAAUCGUGAAGCAAAGAACUGACUACCUAGCAAUAACAAAUAGUGUGGAUCCUCCUGUUCGACUUACGAACAUGAGAACAAAGGAGGUGACAUCAUUGCCUAAUGUUGACGAGGCAUUAGUAGUUGGAAGAGAUAAAGAUAAGCAGGAGAUAAUAUCCAUGCUUGAAGAGAAUGAUGAUCAACAGAAAAUUAAGAUAGUUUCGGAGAGGCAUUUAUUUGAAGUUAGACUAUGGGUUCAUGUGUCAAAAGAAUUUGUUGUCAAUGAUCUCAUCAAAAAAUUGUUUGAAGCUUUUGCUGACAAUAAUCCAGGAACCCAUGCCUUGCCUUAUAUGAACCAAACUAUCUCGGACAAGUUGAAGGGCAAAAGGUUUCUUCUGGUAUUGGAUGAUGUUUGGACCAACUCACGAGAUGAGUGGGAAGAAUUCAUGGUAUGUCUAAAGGUUGGCGCACCUAAAAGCAGGAUUUUACUUACUACUCGGAACAGAGAAGUUGCGGUAAUAGUGGGAUCCACCAACCAAUUUUACUUACCAUUCUUGUCUCCAGAUGACAGCUGGAAACUAUUCCAACAAAGCUUGGUAACACCUCCUACUGGUUGGGAUUUUGAAGAGGUUGGGAAAGCGAUUGUGGACAAAUGUGGUGGGGUGCCACUAGCAAUUAAAGUACUUGCAGGUGCUCUCCAUGGGAAGGAGCGGAUAGAAGAGUGGCAGGAUGUGAGAGAGAAAAAAUUAUUGAAUGUUGAUGGUAAAGAAGAUAGAGUAGCUGCAUGCUUAAGGUUAAGCUAUUCCCAUCUGCCAUUUAAUCUCAAGCAGUGUUUUAAAAUAUGUUCAUUGUUUCCUAAAGGUCAUAGGAUUGAUAAAGAACAAUUGAUUGACCUAUGGAUUGCUCAUGAUAUGAUCGCUGUAGAGGAUGGUGUUGAUUGCUUGGACUUGGAGCAUGUUGGCCACAACCACUUUGAGUCUCUUCUGCAAGUGUAUUUCCUACAAAACGUCUACGAAACAGAUGGGAGAGUGACAUGUGGGAUGCAUGAUUUGGUUCAUGAUCUUGCCUUGUCCAUCUUGGGUGAUGAAAUUUCACUUGACAUGCCAAACGAGGCAAGCAGCAGUACCACAAAGAGCUAUAGAUACUUUUCUUUGAUUAAACAGACAGAACAUAUGGCACCUAAAUUUUUUUUUAUAAAAGCACGUGCUGUAUAUAUGCCUAAGUAUGAAGAUUACAUAUAUGCCAUGGCAUUGAAGCAUGCAAAGCUCUUGCGCAGUGUUAUGGUGGGAUAUCUCAAUGCAGAAGGAGCUAACACCAUAUCUCAAGUUAAGUAUCUGAAAUAUCUUGCCGUUUCAAAACUAGAUUGUGAAAAACUUCCUGAGACUAUGUCAGAUGUUUGGAGCCUGCAAGCACUUCAUGUAACACGCAGCUCUUCACUUGCCGAGAUACCCAAAUCCAUUUGUAAGAUGAAAAUGUUAAGAACACUAAACUUGUCGGGAUGUAUAAAGCUAAAGAGUUUGCCAGAUUCUAUUGGUGAUUGUCAUAUGAUUUCAAGUAUUGAUCUUUGCAGUUGCAGUAAGCUUACAGUGUUGCCAGACUCUAUUGGUAAGUUGCAGAAGUUAAGAACAUUGAACCUAUCAUGCUGUAGAGAGCUGAAAUGCUUGCCAGAUUCCAUUGGCAGAAACAAAAUGCUAAGAUUGUUGAGACUAAGUUACAGCAAAGUUGAGAGGCUACCAUCAAGUAUGACAAAACUGGAAAAUCUGGAGUGUUUGGACCUUCAGGGUUGUCGUGAGCUAGUAGAGCUGCCUGAAGGCAUCGGCAACUUGGAUAAGCUUCAAGUUUUGAACCUAAAUUAUUGUACAAAAUUGGGAGGAAUGCCUGUAGGCAUUGGACAGCUCAGUCAACUACAAAAGUUGGGCUUAUUUCCUAUUGGUAAGGGAGAAAAGUUUGCUCGAAUGUCAGAGCUUGCAAAUGUAUCUAGGUUUGGUGAGGAACUAACAAUCAUAGGUAUUCAACAUGUGAUGGAUACGAAUGAUGCACACGAGGCAUGCUUGAAACAGAAGGCAAACUUACAGAGGUUGCGCCUAGAGUGGAUGGCAGAUUACCCAAAAGAGGUAGGCAAUUUGCAGGGUGGAUGCAAAGUCAAGUUGGCGGUGGAGUACAGGGCCCUGCUCCUUCCCAUUUUGAGGGAGAUGAGGCUAUGUUAUUUGCCGAACUUGAAGCAUCUAGAUGGGCUUGUCGACCUACCUUGUUUGGAGGAGCUUUGUCUGCUAAGGAUGCCUUCUCUUGAGAGCAUAAGUGGAGGCCCAUUUCCUUCGCUGGUGAAGUUGAAGAUGGAUUAUCUGCCUUGUCUGGGAGUGGUGUGGAUGGUACCAGAGACGACCAUGCCCGAUGUAGAAGAUGGGGGAGGCUGCUACAAUUUAACACCUCACUUGGGACUAGUCCGAGUUGGUAGCUGCUUAUCAGAGUUAGUGAUCAAUCGUUGUCCUAAGUUGGAGGUGAUGCCGCACCUUCCUCCGUCGCUGCAGCGCUUGAGCUUGCAUGGCAGUGAGCUGGUGCUGCAGUCACCAGGCCAAUGCCAGGGGUCUUCUUCGUCCCCCAGUUUUAACAAACUGAAGAAGCUUCAACUAUGGAAUGUGACAGGAUUAGGAUCUGGGCAUGGGUGGGAGCUACUGCAACACAUGACGGCACUCGAGUCAUUGGAGAUUCGUUGCUUCUCUGGAGUGCAAACCGAGGUGCCUGAGAGCUUGUGGAGCCUCACAUCCAUCCGGUCCCUGAAAGUGGACGGCUGGCCUAAUAUCCGCAUGCUACCCGAGUCGCUAGGGAAACUCCGGUCUCUACAAAAGUUGAGCAUCGUAAUCUGUCGUAGCCUGAUCAGCCUCCCCCAAUCAAUGGGAAAACUCACAUCCCUCCAGUUGCUCAAGAUAGGAUGGUGCCAAGCACUUCACCAGUUGCCCGACUGCCUCGGAGAACUCUGCUCUCUACGCAAACUCGAGAUUACAGACUUGCCAGAGCGGACUUGCCUUCCACAAUCCAUCUGCCGCCUCACCACCUCUCUUCAUGAGCUCACAAUCCUCCACUGCCCGGGCAUCAAAUCCUUGCCGGAGGGGAUAAAGGACCUCACGGCUCUGAAGCAAUUGAUGAUCUGUUUCUGCCCUGAUCUGGAGAGGCGCUGCAAGAGAGGAACAGGGAGGACUGGCACCUCAUCUCCCACAUCCCUGAUGUCUACAUUCAUGGAACUCGAGAUUAGAGGGUGCAUAGAGCUUGGCGAACUGCCCGAAUGCCUGGGUGAGCUCCACGGCCUACGCACGUUAACUGUUUGGCGAUUGGACAGCAUGACCUGUCUUCCCCAAUCUUUAUGCCGCCUCGCCACCUCCCUUAAAGAGCUUCAGAUCUUAGCUUGCCCAGGCCUCACAUCAUUGCCGGGGUGGAUAAAGGGCCUCACCGCUCUGCGGCUAUUGGACAUCGAGUGGUGCCCCGAUCUAGAGAGGCGCUGCGAGAGAGGAAAGGGGGAGGAUUGGCACCUCAUCUCCCACAUCCCCCUCAUCUACGGAUUGGUACCUGUGCAGUUUGCUUCCCUGGGCGUGUACGAAGACCGUAUUACUUAUGGGUAUCCAAAUAUCAACAGGAUUGAUUUGCAACGGCAAUUUUGA